AAGAUGAGUUGGCUAACAGAUGAAUGGAAGGAUGGGCUUCCCUCUCGAGCUCUUCAGAAGAUAUCUCAGAUUGAGGCUCAGCUAGAGAAGCUGAAGAAGGAACGAGAACAGAAGCAGUUCCAGUUUGAGAGCUUAGAACAGGCAUUACAAGUACAAAAGAGAAAAGUGGAAGAAGAAAAGAACAAUCAGUCAUCGUUGAAAAGGGAAAACCAGACUUUAUCUGAGUCGUGUCAAGAUAUAGAAAACAAGCGACAGAAACUCGCCCAGGAGCUACAAUCUAAAGAGAAUCAGAUUUCUUGUCUGGAUGGCAAACUCUCACACACCAAAGCACAACUAGACACAGAGACUGCCAAAGUAAAUCAGCUCCAAUCUGAAUUAGAACGGCUACAACGAGAAAAUGAUGAGCUUGUUAAGAAGAUGGAGAAAAUCUCUGGUGACCAUGGGAAGUUGCAGGAAUACAGUAAACAACAAAAAGGUCAGCUUGACCAUCAGCAGGAGAAGAUCCGCGCUCUGGAGAUGGACCUUAAGAGGCUCGGGGAUAACUGUGACAAGAUGCCGAACACAGGAUCAGCAACCUCUACUGCCAGUGAUAACCUACUACAACUGGAAAUCAAGAAGUGGAAGGACCUCCAUGAACAAGAUCUGACAAAGAUUGAAAACAUGAAACUGGAGUAUGAUACAAUGGCAAAACAGGCAGAAGCACAGAUUGAAAAAUUAAAGGAAGAACUGAGAAAAAGCCAUUCACAGAAUACUGAAUCUCAGCUAAAAAUUGACAACUUAAAUCUACACCAACAGAAAAGUCAGUCUGCAGCCCUAGGAGUCCCACAAAGCCAGAACUCCUACAAUAAACCUCAAAACGGACACCACAGGGAUAAUGAUAUAUUUGGAACUUCUCAGACACAGAGCAAACCUAGGAAUGACCAUGACAUCUUUGGGACAUCGAAAUCACAGAAUGGAGGCCGACAUCAACAAGUCUCUUGUCUACCAGGCAAUACCACAGGCAUAUCAGAUUGUGACUGGAAAACUAACGUACCUCCCCAGGGACAGAAGUUUUUACAACAGUUGGAGGGACAGGUGGAGAAAAUGAAGAAGGAGAGAGACCAGAAACAGUUCCAGAUUGACAGUCUGGAGCAGGCAUUAGAAAUACAGAAGAGAAAAGUGGAGGAGGAGAGAAAUGCUGCUUCUUCACUGAAGCGAGAGAUUCAGCAGCUCUCGGAGUCAUGUGAAGAGCUAGAAAAAACACGUCAGAAAAUUUCACAAGAGAGUCAGACAAAAGACAACCGCAUCUCGUGUUUAGAUGGACAGCUGUCUCACACCAAAGCACAGCUCGACACACAGACCCAAAAAGCCUCUAAGCUUGAGCUGGAGCUUGAGAAGAUUAAGAACAAUCAGCAGGACAGCUCCCAUAAAGUGGACCAACUUACAGCAGAGAAAACCAGACUACAGCAACAGGUGGACUCAGUUACACAGGAAGUCCGACAAACCCAGGAAAUAGUCAGUGCCUUAAAGAAAAAAGAAGUUAAUGACCAGAAAAAACUGGAGGAGAAAGAAUCAGAGUUAUACAAUGUAAAAUCUGAGCUGAAAAUCACCAAAGACAACCUGGCAGAGAAAAACAAACAAAUGAGUGAUGCACAAAGGAGCUGGAGUGCAACAGAGGAAAAACUCAGGGCUACUUUACACGAACAUGAAAUUGAGGCUAAGAAAUACAAUGAUAAUCUCUUUAACAAAGACAAAGAAGUAAAGGACCAACAGAGCGAACUCCGAGGUUUACAGAAGCAGAUAUCAGACAGCAAGGCUAUUCUGGAAAGAAAAGAAAAGGAAAUAAACCAACUCAACUUUGUCCGUGAACAGCAGCAAGGAGAGCUUGACGAGUUACAGUCAAAGCUGAAAAAACACCAGGAGGAUUAUCACUGUCUACAGACUAAACACGACCAGCUACACUCUAGUCACCUCUGUACACUGAAUCAACUGCAGGAAAUAAAGAAGGAGAUAGAAGCCAAGGACAAAAGUAUGUCAGAACAGCAGGCUAACUUUGACACUCUGCAGGCUCAGAUGUCUGAGAAAGAGUCCAGCUUACAGGGUGAGAUAAGUGAGCUUCACACCCAGUUAGCUCAAGCUCAUUAUGCCACAGAGACAAAGAACAAGGAAAUCACGGCCCUGGAGAUGCAGAUCCUAUCAGUUCAGAUGCAGUGUGACUCUGUUACCCAGGAUUCCCAGAAGAGGUUGGAGGAAGCGGAGAGUAAAGUUGCAGAAUUAACAGAAGUCAAAGAAAAACUGACUGACAUAGAGAAUUCUAAAAAUGAAGAGUUGAGAAACUUAAGGUUGGGAUUUGAGGAGGCAGAGCAGAAUGUCCAGAAAGCACAAGCCGAUCUGGAGACUUUGCAGUCAGAGCAAAAAGAAAAAGAUGCUGAAUGUGUGGAUUUACAAUCAAAAUUACAGCAAGUGUCUGAUGCUCUCCAUGAUAAGGAAAAGGAAUUGAGAGAAGUCUCAAACAAUUUGUCUGAACUGCAGGAAAAUUCAGGCAGAGAACAUGCAAAAUUAACAACAGAUCUUGAGAACAUGAAGUUACAGAUGGCAGAUUUAUCUGAGGAGAGAGACAAACUACAGGAUGCUGUUAAUAAGAAGAGUGCAGACAUCACAGAAUUGGAAAAGGAACUGAAAGAAAAGAAUAAUGAGAUAAAGAAUCUGAGUUUGAGAUGUGAUGAAAUGAGAAAGGAGAAUGAGGAUCUAACAGCUGAGAAAUCCACCAUACAAAGUCAGUUAAGCCAGGCUAAUGAUGCCUUGACAAGUAGAUCAAGAGAGCUGGAGGAAACUCGUACAAGAUUGGAGACAGAGAACCACAAACUCAUCACAGACCUCACAAACAAGCAAACUCAAGUCUCCUACAUGAAUGAACAAAUUAAGAAGAUGAAAGAAGACAAGGAAAAACAUUUACAAGCAUUACAAGUCAAAUCACAGGAAAUCUGUAAAUUGGAGAGUGAAAUUGAAGCCCUAGUAAUUGAGAAAGAAAAUAUUGUAAAAUUAUCUGAAGGAUUAAAGGAUGUGGAGAGAGUCAAGAAUGAAGAAAUUCAGAAACAAGAGAAACAAAUUCAGCAACUAGAGUCAAUUGUUGAAAACAGGAAAAGUGAAAUACAGUCCCUGCAAUCUGAACUUGAAACAGUGAAAAAUGACUUGUCGAAAGAACUUCAAAAACUCUCUGAAGAAAAUGAAACUCUCUCUGUGAAGCAGGCAUCCCUGAUUGAAAACCAUGACAAAUUAGAACAAGUCCUCAAAGAGAAGAGUUUGGAAUUGCAGACAGUGAGGAAAGAUCUAGUGGACAAGCAAUCAGAAAUUAAAACUCUUCAAACCGCAAAUGAGAAUAUAAGUGAGAAUCUGGCUCAGAGCGAAGCACUUUCAAGAGACCUUCAGCAUAAACUUGAACAAGAAGAUGAAGUUGUGAAUUUAAAAUCUUGUGAACUCUCAUCAACCUUGAGAGAAUUGGAACAAAUAAAACAGACUGCUGCUAAUGAGCAGCAAAAUCUGGCCACAAAGGUACAGGACUUGGAGAAAACCAAUAAAGAAGUGAUGGAGGACAAAGAACAUUUAAAAUAUUCUGUAGAGGCACUAGAAAAAGAGAGGGAGAAACUGCAAACUUCCAUCAAAACUCUCCAAGAGGAGCAGACAACAUUGUGUUCACAGCUGGAGAAGAAUACACAGGAGACAACAGAGAAAGCCACAAAAUUAGAGGAAUUGUCCAGAAGUCUUCAACAAGCAAACGAAGCCAUGUCACUGAAAGAUAGUGAGAUUGGAAAGCUGAGGGAAGAAUUAAAAUCUGUAAAUGAAGAGACUUGUCUUGAGAUUGAAAAAAGAGCACAGUCUUUAUUACAGCAAGAAAGUGAAAUAAAUUCUCUGAAGGAACAGUACCUCAAAUUAGAGCAGGCCUGUGAGGUCAAGGACAGUCAAAUUUCAUCAUUAGAAACAAAACUAAGUGAGAACCAACAGACAUUAAAUGAGCUACACGGCAGUUUGGAUAAAGAGGUGGAGAAGGUUAAUGAUGCAGAAGCUGAAUUAAAGGAUUUAAGAACAAGGAGCAGCCAGGCAGAGGAACUGAUUAAAGAAAAGGAAACACAUAUAGAUUGUCUGCAAAGAGAAAUAAGAGAAUCACAGAAUAAAUUUUCCUGUGACAUGGAGAAACUCACUGCUGAGAAUUCAGAACUGAAAGUUCAAUUAGAAGAGUUGAGUUCAGAAAAAGCAAAAGGACAGGAAUUAAUCGAGAGCACUUCGUCUCAGAAGGAAGCUCUAUUUGAGGAAGUAAAACAAAUGAAGGAGGACCUGCAGAAAAUGGAGGCUAAGAAUGAAAUGUUGCAGAUGGAUAUGGAGGACAAAGAUGAAUGUAUAGAGACACUUGAACAAAAAGUGUCCAUGAUGGAAGAAUCGGUAGAGAGCUUGAAGUCACUGACUGCAGAAAAAGACAAGGCUAUAACCUCACUGAAGUCUGAAGUAGAAGAGGUCACUGGAAAAUUGGAUUCACUGAUGAAUGUGAAUGAGGCUUUGGAAAAACAACUGAAUGAAAGCAAACUUCACUGUGAGCAGCAGUCAUCUGUGUUAGAAAUGGAGCGGUUGUCACUAGGGAAGAAAACAGAGAGCGUUGAACAGCUACAAAAGGAAUGUGAGGAGUUGAAACUGAAACUGAAGUCUGCUAAAGACAGUGAAUGUGAAAAAAUCACUUUACUGGAGAAAGCUCAGUUAAAUGUUGAUGAUCUUGGAAACUCUCUUGAAAAGUACCAGGUAGAAUUAAAAGAAAGUAAAGAAAAUAUAAAAGUAUUGGAAUCAAAAUGUGGCCUGCUUCAAGAUCAGUGUAUAGACAAAGAUCAGAGUCUGACAGAAAAACAAGCAGAAAUUAACAACCAGAUAACUCAUAUUAGCACACUGGAAGAGACUGUAGCUCAGUUACAAGAAAGGUUGAGCAGUGUGGAUGAACUGAACAUCAGCAAGGACAAUAAAUGUGCUCAGUUGGCUGAAGAGUUAACUGAUUUACAGCAAGAGUAUCAACUAAAGAUCGAAUUGUUGGAACAACAGAACCUGUCUCUAGAGAGGUACACAGAGAAAGUUCAACAGAUAACUCAAGAAUCAGAGGUACUGGAGAGACAAAGAAGUAAAGAAACCCAGGACCUGCAUGUGAAGUUACAGUAUAAACAGGAUAUACUCGACCGAAAGGUAGCGGAACUACAGAAACUGAAAACCUCACUUGGGGAUAUGGAAAAUCUAGUAAAGUCAACAAACAGUGGCCUAGAGAAGAAAAGUAGUGAAAAUCAGACAUUGCUUGCUCAGAUAGAGGAACUGCAGAGAGAGAUGUGCAUGUUGAAAGAAUCUCAUGAGGAGAAAGAGAGGUUACUGAAGUCUCAGAAAGAUGCAAGUGAGUUCAUGGAAAUAAAAUUAAAGGAAACUCUUCAGUCAAAGAAUCUGGCUGAGGAAACUUUAGAUAAGGAAUCCUCUGAACUGAGAUGCAAAAUUGAAACAAUGGCAGCUGAAAUUGAGGAAAAGAAUGUAAAAAUAGAGCAUUUUCAUGGAGACAUGGAAGCCAACCAACUUCAGAUUCAGUCACUCCAAACUCAACUAGAGGAGAAGAGGAACCUGAUUUCAGAACUAUCUGUUGUUAUUGAAACUAAGGAGUCAUCAAUCACUGAGCUUAAAGAACAGAUUGAAGAAAUUGAAGAAAGUAAGUCUUCCCAGAACAGAGCACAACUUGAUAAAAUAUUUGAAAAAGAUAAAGUUGUUGAAUCAUUAGAAACCAGGAUUCUGGAACUCCAAGGUCAGCUUGAAGAAAAACAACAGCAGCUGAGGACAGCAGAGUCAGAUUUAGAGGUUCAGGUGACUGAAUUUGGUAAUAGACUUGAACGUAGCCACCAGCAACUGCAGUCUUCAGAACAGGAAAUUUGUCAUCUAAAAGAACAACUCAAAGAGGCUUCCUCCAAAGAGCUGGAAAUUCUGCAGAGACAUUCAGAAGCAGAGGGCCAGGCAUCAUUGUUAUCUUCAAAGGUGGAGGAAAUUACCAGGCAAAGUGAAUCUCAAGUGAAAAAUCUCCAAGAAAAGGUUUUAUUCCUAGAAAAAGAACUGUCUGAACUGACCACAAGCAGUGCUGGAUUGAAAAGAAAUGUUGAAGAGCUUGAAUUCCAGAUAUGUUCAACAGAAGAGCAGAACAGAGCACUUGUAGAGCAGAAAGCUAAGCUGGAGAGCAAUAUGUCAGAAAAAGUAAAGAAAAUUGAAAAUUUAGAAGAGCAGGUACAGGGACUAGUAUUACAGACACAAUCAAUCUCUGUGGAAAAAGAACAACUUCAAAAUGAAAAAGAAUUAUCCCAAAAAGAAGGAGAUGAUCUCAUUCAGUCAUUAACAGACAAGUUGGAGAAAUUGGAGGGAGUUUUAGCUGAUAAGGAAUUAAUUGUGUCAGAAAUGAGUGAUAAGAUUUUAAAGUUACAGCAAGAUUAUGAAGAGGAAGAGAACGUGAGAUCUUUGCUGAGUGAAGAAAAUGAUGAACUACAACAGAAAUUACUUCAGGUGGAAGAGAGGCUGUCUGAGGUGGAAAUGGAGAAGGUUAGAAAUGAGGACAGGAUGAAGGAGCUGUUGUCUCAGGACGCUAACAACAGGGAUCAGAUAGGUCAGCUCGAGGAGGAAAUCAGAGCUUUACGAAACUCUGUAGAGGACUUAGAGGUGCUGAAAAUAGAACUGACAGAAAAACUCGCUGAUGCUGAAAGUAAGCUUCGUCAGAAAACUUCCGAGUUUGUAGAAUUAGAAAACAGUCUUCAAAGAGCCAGUGAACAGAUAGAGGCAUUAAACAGUGAGAACAAGAAACUCCUGGAGACCAAUGAAGAAAAUCUGUUGAAAAUUCAAGAAGCUGAAAUCCAAAUUAAAGCCAAAAAUUGUGAUGUUGUAGAUAAGGAUACUGUUUUAGCUGAACUGGAAACUAGAAUAGAGGAUAUCAUUAAAGAAAAGGAAAACAUCUCUUUACAAAUGCAGGGUGAUAUUAAUCAACUAUCUACUGAGGUAGAUUCACUGAAAGAGAAACUUUCUGAAGAAAAAGCAUGUAAAGGUGCAUUGGAAGCCAGGGUCAAUACUGUCACUGCCUCUUAUGAAGAGGUUUGUAAGAAGAAUGAAGAUUUACAGUCUGAAACUCUGCAGUUAAAAGAAUCAGAGGAAAAAUUCAACAAUACACUGUCUGAAAACCUCACACAGAUUACCGCACUUCAAGACCAAAUUCAUGGUCUUCAGCAAAAUAUUGACAUGUUGUCAAAUGAAAAAACUAAUUUACAAAGUAGACUGCAAGAAUCUGAAUUAGUCAUUGAGUCAAGCCAGGGUUCUAUUGAGAGUGUGCAACAACAGAUAGAGGAAUUACAGAAAGAAAAAAGUGUGUUACAAGACUCUGUAGAAGCUCUCCAGAAACAGAACAGAGACCUUGAAGAAAGGCAGCGUGAGUUAACGUAUGAAACUGAAACAACGAGAACAGAAAUGGAACAAAUGACCAUUACUCUUAACAACGAGAUUGAAAACAAACAGCUGAUCAUCAGAGAUCUAGAGGAGAAAAUGGAACUAAUUAAAAAUCAGUUAGCUGACAAUGAAGUGACAGCAAAAAGAAAUGCAGAAGAUUUUGAAUGUGUGAAACAGGAGCUGGAAGAAAUGAAUGAAAGACUGUGUAUGAAAGAGAAGCAUAUAGAAGAUAUUGAGGAGACUAAAAACCAAGAAAAAGAGAAAUCCACUGCAUUAGAAUCACAGCUCAACGACCUUCACUUACAACUUAAUAGUGCCAAAGGUGAGAAUGAACAUCUGAACUGUGAGUUACAGAAAGUGAAAGAAGAACUUACUCGGAAGAUUGAAAUGACUGAGGAACAACUGUUGUUGACCAAAGAAAAAGAUCAAAAUAUUGAGGCAGUUAAUAAUUGUCAUGAAGCAGAAAUGAACUCCAAAAUUAAAGAAAUAGAGGAAUUAACAUCUCAAGUAGAAAGUCUCUCUAAAGAAGUAGCUGAAAUGAAAAGUAGGAUUUCUGAGGUGAACACAGAAAAGAUUUCUGUUGAAGAUGAAUUGCAUAAUUUGAGGAAUUAUGUCAUUGGUUUGGAGGAAGAAAGAAGUUCCUUGGAGUCUCAGAUCAGUGCUUCACAAUCAGAACUACAGUGUACCCAAACUUUUACCCAGAAUGCUCAGCAGCAGAUUGAUGAUGCCAAUGAACAGUCCAGAGGUCUGUAUGAAACUGUACAGAAGUUAGAGGCAGAGAACCAGGAAAGUGUCAGUAAGAUACAACAGUUACAGAUUGAGAACCAGAGACUGCAGAUCGAGGCAGAGGAGAAGGAAGCAAAGUUAAAAAAUGACCUGGAUGACCUGCAAGAAAAAUGUCUUCAGCAACAGACAGAAUUGGAUAUAAGUUUAAAGACCCAGGAGGAGCUGAAAGGUAAAUUUGAGAUGAUGGAGUGCAGGCUUUGUGAGGUAGAAGAAGAGUUGUCAAAAUCAAAAGAGCUUUUGUCUCAGCUUCAGGAGGAGUUAGAUUUGAAGACAUGUGAACUGACAGACAUCAAAGAAAAGAUGGUUGACUGUAAAGAAGUACAAAAAAUUGAGAAUGAAAACAAAGAAUUGAAAGAAAAGAUUGAUUCUACGUCAAAAGAAUUAGAACAAGCCUACUCAGAAUUAGAAUUGAUGAUUGUGGAGAAGGGAGAGGCUCUGCAAGAUCUUGAUAUGGUUAGACAGGAGAAAGAACAGCUUAGCAAAGAAAUGAUAGAAAUGAACCAAAGAAUAAUUAAGUUACAAAUGGAAGUCGAAGAAAAGGAAGUUACUGUGCAGGAACAGAAACAGAGGCUUGUGUCUGUCACUGAGGAGUGUGGAGGGGAAGUGAAGGAGAUCAAACAAGUCAUCAGCUCCUCACUAGAACCCACCAUCGUAGAAUACCAGUCUAUUGUCAAAGAAAAGAAGAGACAGAUUGUGGAGAAGGAAAAUGAGUUGCUGAAUCUCCGAGGCAAGAUGGUGGAAAUCAGCAAUAAGCUCAGUGAGAAAGAGGAGGAAAUUGCAAAAUUAUCAGAGACUUGUGAAAAAUUAACCAAAGAGAAGGAAGACUUAAAAUCUGACAUGGGAACUUAUCAAGAUGCCAUGGAAAGUUUGGAAAAGGAAAAUGAAGUGUUUUUAGCAGAAAAAAGUAUAUUGGAGUCUGAAUUAAAAGAAAUAUCAACUGAAAGGGAUGAGUCUCUUCAGUUAGUGAAAGAAAUGAAGAAUACGAUACAGGAGAUGGAAGUUAAUGAACAGAAGAAAUCAGAGAAAGUAGAACAACUGUGGAAAGAGGAAAAAGAGAAUCUGAACAAUAAGAUAUUGUCCAUGGAUGCUGAGAUCAUGGAAUUAACAGAUAAAUUAUACAGCCAGUCUCAAAAGGACACAGCAGCCAAGGAAGAUCUGGACGUGUUACAUCAGAAAAUUAAGGAAUAUGAGGAGGAACAUUGUAGAUAUGAGAAAGACAUCCAGAAACACCAGAACAAGGUGGAGGAAUUGUCUAUAGAGUUAACCCAGAAAAAGGAACAGCUUGCUUCAUCAGAGAUCAGAAACCAGAAUUACAAGGAGGAAUUGGACAAUCUACAGAAGAUACUGAGAGAAAAGACAGAAAAACUGGAAGAUGUGCAGACAUGCCUUGGAACCAAGGAAUCAGAAACAAAGGACAUGGAGCGACAGAUUGCUGAUAAAGAAAAGAUAAUCCAGGACCUCCAGCAGCAGAAUUCUAACAAAGAGAAGGAGAAAGGAGAACUUCUGUCCGAGUUCCUGAUUCUCGAGGACCAAAAAGCAGAACUGGAAAAGAGGAUUGCCUCCAUGGAAUUAGAGUUUGCUGAUGCAAAGAACGAAGAAAAAAGAAGAGCAGGAGAAGAGAUUGAAAAACUAAGGAUGGAGUACCAAGAAGAAAUUGUGAAACUGAAAGGGCAAAUACAAACAGAAAGUAGCAAACAGAUGGAGAUGGAAGAGCAGCAUUCUAAGUAUCUGCUGGAAAUAAAAGAAAGUCAUCACAGCAAGAUGCAAGAGCUACAAGACAAACAUAGAGAAGACAGCAGAAAGCUUCAAGAACAGUACGAGGCAGAGUUGAGUUUACUCAAAGACUCGUUAUCCCAGAAUUCAACUGCUGAGGAGGAAGGAGCCAGACUGAAAACAGAAAAUGAGAAGCUGGAAAAAAUGGUAGAAAAGUAUAGAAACAAGAUGGAGGUCAGCGAGAGAAAAGAGACCAAGCUUACUGAAAAGAUUGUAGAAUUAGAGUCUGAGAUUAGAAAGUCAAAGGAGCAGAGCAACAAGUAUGAUGAGUUCUUAUCAAAAUGGGAGAAUAAAUGUACUCGGCUGUCUACAGAACUGACAGCAGAGAGGAAUAAGAACCACAAACUGAAAGACACCCUGGACAGCAAAAAAGUGGAACAAGAGGAGGAAGUCGCAACAUUGAAGAAAGAAAUUGCACAGCUACAUCAGAAGGUGGAAAAUCUUCAAAAGUCAAGUAAGGCCGAAUCUUCACAGAAGCCUACAACAGCUAGAAAAGGAAUAUCAUUGUCAAGAUCACCAAGAUCAGCUGGACAUUCUAAAGUGGACUCUUCAGGGGUCAGUAGUGGUCAGAUAAACUCUGCCCCUCCUGUGGGAGGAGUCACUAUUGUCAAGCCAGAGGCCAGGUUCCUACAGGUGCCAGGUAAAGGAGUAACACAUAAAUCUCCCAACAAAGGGAGGUCACCCCAAAAUUCACAAACUUCUAAGUCUCUGUUCUCCAAAGAUAAGAUUCAGAGGAUCGGGGAGAAAAGUGCUUUUGUAGGCAGAAGUAAAUUUGAGCCUGUGACUAAGCCAAUAGGAACUAGUUCUAGUUCAUUUCAGCCAGUGACUGCCAAGCCUGUAAAUAGUGCUAUUAAUGCCGAGAGCAUAAAAACAUCAGUGUCAAGUGUAAGACCUGUGAACUCUGUUAGUGCUACAUCGGACUCUGUGAGGACUAAGGGGCUCUGGAGUGUCCCCCAGUCACAGGGAGGAUCAAGUGUCUCCUCCACAAAGGAAGGAUCAAAUUUGCCUGGAAGUACUGUGCCAGAUUCAGAGAGACCACGUACUGGGGAGAAACGGUUGUCCUCCGAAACCCAGGAUGAGAUUGUACCAAAGAAAAAGAAGAGUUUAAAUGGUGUUGAAAAGCGCCCUCUGCAGUCCAUCACAAACAGUCCGGUGAAGAAAAAAAUAGAGGAACCUGAGGACAUAAGUUUGGGACCUGCCAAGAGGGCACUUAGUCUGAAAAAGUCCCCUGCCCGGCCUCUUAAACCUCAGAAUGAGAUCACAUCAUCAGAGGAGCCUAAAGAAGAUGAGGAUUGUGUUAUUCAGUGAUGGAAUGGAGUUUAUUGUAGUACCAGUCAGGGAUGGGAGAUAGUGAUGUCGAACUGCUCUCUUUAAAAACAGUGUUUAUACUUCUGAAUGAUUGGGUGUUGUUAAGUGAUGUUAUAUGUGAGGUAUCAAGUGAUUUGAAUGUGGGGUAGUAUUAUUAUAAAUGUACAAUGUAUUUGUUUUGUCUGUCUAUUUCCUGACUUCAUCAAUUUGUCAUUUACCAUGUUUAUGUAGAUAUCAUGAAGUAUUAAUUUACAGCAUGCAUUUUAUCACGUAGGCUAUUCCCAGUUUAUUAAGAGGUUGGUGAAUAUGUACAUAAGCAUUUCCUUAAUAAGCUUUUGCCAAUAAAUUUUAACAGUAGAAAUUUUGAAAUUAUUUAAAUUUUAUUAAUUAAUUUGUACUGUUUAAGAUUUUUAUAUGCUUGUUUUUCAUUGUCUAUUACAUAUGAACAUGUUAUUUUCACACUCAUUAGAUGAAACUGGUUCUGUCUUGAGUUAAUCUGCAAAAACAAUUUCACUUGAAAUAUGUUAAGUAUUGCUGUAAAGACAGAUUCCAUGUUUAUGUGUUAUGUCUCAUGAUAGUCAAAGAGCUUUCUAACAUACUUUUGUUAAAAUAUAAUAUAAUAUUCAAAUAUUAGUGACAUUGCAAGAAAGCAAUCAAUUUUUUAAGAGUUCUCAAUUUUUAAAGCUGUAAGUCAGAUAUGAAACCACACAUGAAAUAGAGAUUUAAAAAAGCAGGGGAUAUACAAGCUGUAAUAAUUUAUUAACUAACAUGGAGUGGACACUUCAUUAUCCUGUCUCUGCUCUCUUUAUUUUGUUUCACAGUCAGAUUUACCGUAUUUUCUCUUGUAUACCAUUUAGUUAUAUUUUUGUAUAUACUGUAUUUUGACUUGUGAAUCAAGUGUGAUUUCUCUAUGUAUGAAAAAAAAUACAGAAAUACUAAUGGACAUUUAUUAUGUUUUGUUUUAUUUUAAAGUCAUGCAACAUAUUUUUGCUAACAAAACUGUAGAGCUGAGGAAAGAAGG